AUCAUAACCUAAUUUUUCACGAAAUCAAAACAAGAACUACACUUCGAAACCUUGCAACUGCAAUUUUGAGGGGUAGAAAAAGUAGAUUUAAAUCAUUUUGUGUACUUUUUAUACUUCACAAUGGAAUCUGAAAUCUGCCCUCAAUGUAAGGAAGUGAUUGAAGGCUCUUCCAAGAGAAUCAUCAAGGAUUCUUGUGGACAUGAGAAAUGCAGAGUUUGUUUAUUACAAGACGUAGACCAAUGUCGACAGUGUGAAGAAAAUGGAAAUACACAUACUGACGAUAAAAAUAUAGUAUUCCACAAUGACAAUUUGAGUGCAGGAAAUAACCAUACAACUGUGAUAACUUGUAGUAAGGUCGUUAAUGAUGUUGAUAUCAAAACAGAAAAUGAUUUGCUAAUGUUACCUCCGAGUAAAGAUGAAAAUCAGUCUGACGAAUCUUCCAAAAAGGGAUGCGGUACUUCACAAAAACAAUUGAAAUCAUUGUCAUUAAAGCGAAGAUACGAAAUGAUCACAUUGCCCAGUCAUAUAAGUACAGAAGGAACACCGCCAACAUUCACUUGUAAUAUUUGUAAGGCCAAAUUCAAGACCAAAGGUCAUGUCAAAUACCAUAAAUUUUGUGUGGGAGAGAGUAGACCAUAUGGGUGUAAAGUAUGCAAUAAAUCAUUCAUUUUGAAAUCACAACUAAGUGUUCAUGAACUCAUACAUACUGGAAAAAAACCUCACAUUUGUAAGAUUUGCGAGAAAGCUUUUAGGGAAUCGGGAAAAUUGAAACGACAUAUGAUUCUCCACACAGAUGACAAACCUCACAUAUGUGACGAAUGCGGUAAAAAUUUCAAAACUCUUAAUUCUCUACGAAUACACAGGAUAAUACACACUGGCCAGAAACCCUUCCCUUGUAAAUAUUGUAAAAUGAGGUUCAAUAAUUCAUCGAAUUUAAAAAAACACAUUUUAUCACAUUCUGAUGAUAAAACUCAUAUGUGCGAGCAGUGUGGGAAGAAAUUCAAGCAGAAAUGUGCUCUGACAGUUCAUCGUAGAUCUCACUUUCAUAAGAGAGAGUUUGUAUGUGAAAUAUGCGAUAAGGGGUUCAUAAAUAACAAAGAUUUGAAGCGACAUGAAACAAUUCAUUUAGAUGUCAAGAUAUAUUCCUGUCGAAUAUGUUCCAUGUCCUUCAGAAGAAAAGACAAUCUAGGCAGGCACUUCAAAAAUGCACACCCUGAUAAGAAGCCUGAAAUAAUAAAGAGAGAAGUUGAACCGAGAGACAAACUUAGAAAUACUGUGAUUGAUAAUCCGAAUGCCAUAAAUGUAAUAACAUCAUCUCCUAUGACAAAGAAGAAUGAUGAUAUGAUCGAGAAAAUCAGUUCGAUACCUAGGACUUGCAUGAAUGGCCCUCUUAAACUGGCUUUCAAGACUUCAGCUUUCAAAAAGAACUACAAUAUAAAUAGAGAUCAUCCAUACGAUUCUAACUCCAAAGAAGUUACGACUGGUGAUCAGAGUUCUGUUAAACCCACCCCAAAAUUAUUGCCAGCACAUCACAAUACGUCAUCUUUGAUAUUUCCAAGUGUAUAUGCUUCUUCAGCCUUCUCAGCUGAUGAAUACUAUGCUAACAGGCCACAUGUCAUCAAAAAUAUCAAGUUUAAAAUACCAACCAAUUAUCCCCCUGAAAACGAGGGAGUAUUGAAAACAAUUAUGCAUCCGUCACAUAUGGGUAAACGGGAGCAGGAAAGUCCAAGAAAAAAAGAUGAAUCUGUUGAAAAAAGGAGUCCUAGUGUUACAGAAGAAAAAACUGAAGCGUUUCCAUUAGUUCACCAAGAGACUAAAGAUGUCAAUGUUGGUGUAACUAGUGUUAUCGUUAAUUCAAGUGAUCAAAAGAACAUGCAUUGGAGGCGAAAAAUGUCCCAAAAUAUUUCAUAAUCGUGAAAAUACGUAUUGAUUAAAAGUGGAAGAAUG